AUGUACAAAGUGUUGUGGGAGAGUGGGGAAAAUCUAGACGAGACACAAGGCAACAAUGGCACUAGUAAAUUGUGGAUUGAUGUAAUUAAGGGGAAUCAAAAUACUAUAUAUGGAAAAGCCUUGAAGUUUGUGGCACCAAAAGUAGUAGCUGGGAAACCGGUGGUUGAAAUUGAACAUGAAGAUGUAGAAUCAGAGCUUAGGUUCUGGGGGUCUUCGCUUAUCAUAUAUGCUAUUGGUGUUGAUAUGAGUAUGAAUGUUGUCAAUAACUACAUGAUCAAGGAAUGGUACUUUGUUAAAUUGCCUGAAAUGUUUUACAAUGAGGAAGGCUUUUUAAUUUUGAAAUUUAAGACAAUUAAGGAGCGUGAAGUUGUUAUGUUGAAGGGCCCUUACACAAUUCGAAACAUGCCAAUGAUAAUAUUUAAAUGGCGUCCUGAUUUUUCUAUGGAGAGAGAUAUGUUGAGGACAUUGCCGAUUUGGGUUAAACUCCCUAAGCUUCCAACUCACAUGUGGGGGGUUUCUAGUCUAGGUAAAAUUGGUAGUGUCAUUAGGAGUACUCUUUUCACAGAUGUGUGCACGAUUGAUAAAUUGAGGGUUUCAUAUGCCCGUAUAUUAGUGGAUGUAGAUGUAACUCAAAAGCUGCAAGAGGAGUUUGAUAUCCAUUAUGAUGGUUGCGAUAGAAUUCAAAAGGUCGAGUACGAAUGGCGUCCAAAAUACUGUGAGAAGUGCCAAAAGGUGGGGCAUAUUUGCAAUGUGGAGAAGAAACCUACAGUAAAAAUGUGGCAACAAAUAGAUGGUAAGGGGAGAGGAGAAAGAAGUCUAGCCAACAAAGAAGGGACUCUUGGAUCACAUGAGGGGCCUGUGAUGAUAAAUGGGGUUUCAACAAGUACAAACAACAACCCUGUGGAUACUGAGGCAACUUGGACAGUAGUGCUGAAAGGUAAUAAGGAAAAAGGUAGUAACAAUGUUGAAUGCUUAAAUAAUCUGUUUAGUAAUAACGGUUUUAGCACCUUAGAGGUUUGGCAGGACCAUAAGAAAAAUGAUGAUAAGAAUGUUUAUAUUAUUGAGCCGAGAGUUUCUGAUCAUGCGUUGGUCUGCAUUACAGAAGGUGAGCAAGGGCCUAAACCCAAGACAAAUUUCAAGUUCAUAAAUGCAACUAUUUAUUUGGAAAACUAUAACAAUGAGGUUAGUGUCAAUUGGAAGAAGUCUGUUAAGGGCCACCAGUUUCAACUGCUUUGGAAUAAGCUUAUGAGGAUGCAGCAGGUUGUUAGGAAGUUGCAAAAACCCCUGAAUGCAAAAAUUGAGUGGAUAAGAAAAGGGGAUGGUCAUAAUAGUUUUUUCCAUGCUUCCAUGAAAAAGAAAAAUAGCCAGAAGAUUAUUAGUUUGAUGUACAAGGAUAAUGGUGAUAUCUGUGAUAUUCCUGAAGCCAUUGAGAAGGAGGGGUUCUGGAUUUUUAUAGAGGGCUGUUGGGGACUGCUGAUUCCAAUAUUCUGGGGGUUGACAUUGUUGCUCUAA